AUGGCAGGCACAAAGUUCGCCUACGUACGGAACUUCGAGCUGCCCGAUUCCGUCAUCCCUUCCGUCUACCUCGUCGUACGCAUCGACGGCAAAGGAUUCCACAAGUUCUCCGCCUCUCACUCCUUCCUUAAGCCCAACGAUCCCGCCGCACUCGAACUCAUGAACGAGUCCGCUCGCUACGUCAUGGCCUCACUCAAAGGACACAUCUCCCUCGCCUUUGGAGAAAGUGACGAAUACAGCUUUCUACUACGCAAAUCUACAACGCUUUACAACCGUAGAAACAGCAAGAUCACAACCCACAUCGUGUCGCUCUUCACAUCGGCGUAUGUGUUCAAUUGGAACCGGUUCUUCCCAGAUACACCGCUGAAGAUGCCACCGAGCUUCGAUGGAAGAAUGGUAGUGUAUCCGAACGAACAAGUGGUCCGGGACUAUUUUAGUUGGAGACAAGCCGACACGCACAUCAACAACCUGUACAACACAACGUUUUGGGCGUUGGUCUUGCAAGGAGGUUUGACGGAACAGGAAGCGACCAAGAGACUGGAGGGGACAGUGUCGGCAGAAAAGCACGAGAUCCUGCACGAGCAGUUUGGGAUAAAUUACGAUCGGCUAGAGGCGAUGUUCAGGAAGGGUACGACGCUCGUCUGGACCCACGCUCAAGCACAGACGAUCGGAGGAGGCAUCGAUGCAGAGGAGGACGACGCAAGUGAUGCGGAACAAGCAAAGCCAGUGCUGACGAAUGCGAAGGACGAGAAGCUGCGAAUCAAGAUUCAGGCCAAACGAGCAGCGAAACAAGCCAAGAAGCAGGAGAAGAAGGAAAGGAAGAAUUUGACGGGCGUUUUGCGGACGUUGCAUUGCGAUAUUAUCGGUGACGAGUUUUGGACUCCUGCGGCUUCGGAGGCCGUAUCGACAGCAGCGCCUGCUUCAGUUCCAGCAUCGGCAUUGACGUCAGCAACAUCAUCACGGUGGGAAUCGUCGAUUGGCGACAGUGAAAAGACCGCCACGGAAGCGACCGUCGCCGACGGGGGCAUGACCAGCUCGAGACCAUGGAAAGAUCCCGCCAGACUUCAAGUAGCUGGGCUUGGCACCUCUGUCUUUCUUGAUUAG